GGUGAGUUCUUCACUUUAACAUGGUAAAGUAACCCUGGCUUGAGUGUCCUUCAGUUGUGCUUUAAAGAAAGUUGUGUUUUAUCCGUUUAGAUCGAGAUAUUGUCCGGAUGAAGACGUGGAUUUUUCUUUCUUUAGCAGCUCUGUCUGCGCUGUGUGUGGCACAGCAGGACUGUGCUCGAGGCGCUUGUUACCCGCCGAUGGGCGACCUGCUCAUGGGCCGAGAGCAGAACCUGCGCGCCUCCUCCACAUGCGGUCUGAUGGGGUCAGAGGUCGUCUGCGCUCCACACGGACAGUGGAAGAUGAAGUGUUGUCCGUGUGACUCGCGGAACCCCGCGGCCUAUAACGCUCACACGAUCCAGAACGUGAUGUCCAGCGCCGGACCCAACCGAUGGUGGCAGUCCAAGAAAGAUGUGAGUCCGGUGACGCUGCAGCUGGAUUUAAAUGGGAUUUAUCACCUGGAAACGGUCCUACUAUCUUUUAAGGGCCCGAGGCCUGACGCGCUGGUCAUCGAGAGGACCAGGGACUUCGGCGGCUCCUGGGAGCCUGUCCUGUACAUGGCCACCGACUGCCCCUCCACCUUCCCUCAGGUGAGCACGUCGCUCCCUGGACGCCUGCAGGACACCUACUGCUACACACUGCCCUCCACCGCAGACCAGCCCUACAGGGACCAGAAGGUUCACUUUUAUCCUCUCCAUCAGUUCUCAAACAUCGAUCUACCGAACGAAUACAAAAUUGAAGUGGCGUCAGGCUUCACGGGUCUGCGGGUCAAUCUGACCCGGUUGGGUCCGGUUCCCAGUUUGCCGGGCCGAGGCCUGAGUCAGUUCUACGCCCUGCGGGAGAUGCAGGUCAUGGGAUCCUGUUUCUGCCACGGACACACAGACCGGUGCAGCAGCCGGACCAACACACAGGUUGGAGGUGUGUGUGACUGUCAGCACAACACGGCCGGUGUAAACUGUGAGCGAUGUGACGACUUCCACAACGACCUUCCCUGGAGACCCGCGGAGAGCGGAAACACACACACCUGCAAACGUUGUGACUGUAAUAAUCACUCUGAUCGCUGUCACUUCGACCCGCGGCGUUAUGAGGAGACGGGCCGGCGCACUGGAGGAGUGUGUGACGGAUGUUCUCAUCACACAACGGGACACAACUGUGAGCGCUGCGUGCAAAACUACUACCCAAACCCUCUGAGUGACAUGAGGAGCCCCGACGCCUGCCUGCGUUGUCUGUGUGACCCCGCGGGCUCCGAGAGCGGGGGUCAGUGUGACGCGACAGGAGUGUGUGUGUGUAAAGCUAACGUGGAGGGCGAUCGCUGCGACCGCUGUAAAGACGGACACUACAACCUCGACGCCAACAACCCUCUCGGCUGCUCCAAGUGCUCCUGCAGUUCUGUUGGGUCGGUCAGCGGUGUGUGUAACCAGCUGACGGGUCAGUGUGUGUGUCGCGCUAACACUGAGGGUUUAGCGUGUGACCGUUGUGCUGCUGGUUACUGGAACCCGUCGUCGCCCAACGGUUGCCAGCCAUGUGACUGUGACCUCAUCAACGCCCGCAGCGCCACCUGUGACCAGCGCACGGGUCAGUGUGUGUGUCGUCCUGGCAUCGGGGGCCGGACUUGCAGCGGUUGCCCUGACAACACGUACGGAGAUCCACUGAUUGGCUGCAGACCGUGUGACUGCGAGCGUUCGGGCACAGAGUCGGGCGGCUGCGAUAAACGCACAGGCUUGUGCCGCUGUAAAUCAGGCAUUACUGGCCUCCGCUGUGACGUCUGCGCCCGCGGCUAUUGCGCCAGUUUCCCAGAAUGCCCGGCGUGCCCGUCCUGCUUCUUCAGCAUGAACACGCGUCUGCAGGAGCUCACGCUCAGUCUGGAGCGUCUCUCCAACUCCCUGCUGUCCUCUAGUGGACGACCAACAUCUAGCGACUCGAGCCGCAGGAUCCAGACGCUCCGGGACACACUCGCUCUGAUCCAGGAGUCCGUGUCUGUUCCCCCGCAGUCCAGCCGCGCCCUGACCGAAGCCCUGCAGAGACUCAACACGCUCUGGUCUCAGAUGAAGGGCUUGAGAGUGGAUCUGCCGUCUCUGCCUCGGCACCGAGAGCUGGAGCGAGAGCUUGACGAGCUGCAGUCGCUCCUGUCGUCUCUGAGUCUCCAGUACUUCAGCCGCAGAGACGCCUUCACCAGCGCCGCCGGACCCACCAACGCCAGUGACUUCUACGCCAUUCAGAAGUCGUAUGAGAAGUCGACAGACGCCGUCAAGCGAGCCGACGCCACCAAAGACGCCCUGAAGAAGUCCGAGGGCGUGCGAGAAAACGCCCUGAGUGGCCUGGACGCCCUGCAGCCCGGAAACACCGAAGACCUGCAGAACCUGAAGACGGACCUGGAGACGCGGCCCAAUCUGACUCCCGCCGCCACCAAGGUUUGUGGCAGUGAUCGUGUGGAGCCCUGCACUCCGGAGCGCUGUGGAGGCGACCUGUGUCCUCCGGACGGAGCGCCCCCUUGUGGAGCGGAGGACGCCUGCACAGGAGCACUGCCCAAUGCCAACAAGGCCUUUCAGGACGCCGACGAGGUCAAGGCCAAACUACAGGAUCUCAACGACAAGAUCACCCAAGCAGCGGAGCAGAUACAGGAAGCUGAAGAUUCGGCCAAUAGGGUGCGACUGUCCACUGACAAGCUGGCCAAUCAGAUCAAGCAGGUGCGAGCCGACGUGGACGGAGAUCUGAAAGACACCAAAGACUUCAUCAACACACUGAGGGACUUCCUGUCAGAGCCUCAGUCAGACCCGGAGCAGGUCCAGCGAGUGUGUGAGGCGGUUCUGGAGGCCCGGCUGCCUCUGAGUCUGGAUCAGCUGAAGCAGAAGCUGAAGGAUCUGCAGGAUCUGAUGGUCUCAGUGCCCGACAGCAGCAGCGUCCUGACGACUAGCGGCCCGCAGCUGGAGAACGCCAGACGCCUGCUGGACGCCGCCCGCGACACACGGUACACACACACACACACACACACACACACACACUCCAGCGUCCUGACGACUAGCGGCCCGCAGCUGGAGAACGCCAGACGCCUGCUGGACGCCGCCCGCGACACACGAGACGCAGCGUUUGGCAUCCAGCAGGACGGCGAGAGUCUUCUGAAAACGAUGGAUGAAAAUGAGAACAUUUUCGACGACCUGGAGGACAAAAUCCGGCAGAGCGUCGACAUCGCCAACGAAGUUAAGAAAGACGUAGAGCGGAUAGAGGACGUGCUGGUUCCCGCUGAGAUGGGGAUUGUGGGUAUUUCAGGGCUGAUGGAUGAGAUUCGCCCCCUGGUGGACACAUUGAGGAACGACGUGACGACAGAAACAGCGCUGGCGAACGACGCUCAAGAUCAGGCGAACUCAGCUCAAGACGAGGCCGACCGGGCCGCACAGGCUCUGGAGGCGUUAAAAGACGAGUUCGAGCGGAUGAAACGAGCCGCGGCUGAAAACACUCAGGCUGGGGAAGAUGGUGUUCGUUUACUAAAGCUACAGGAGGAGGCGGAGUCUCUGAUGACGGACACCUCUGACAUCAUGAAGGCUCUGAAAGAUAAAGAGGCGUCCAUACGGCAGCGAGCGACAGAGAUGGAGGAGAACGGCUCGCGGUUGACCGGUCUGGACGCUCAGGUGGAGAAACUGCGAGACGAUAUCCGCUAUAAAGUCACCAGUCUGAACAUGUGCCAGGGCUGAUGACACACACACAACACACAACACUGAUGACACACACAUAACACACAACACUGAUGACACACACAC